AGAACAGUGAACACGCGCCGUGACGCUCAGAUUCGACGCGGCCGCAGAGCUCCGCGCUGCAGCCUCGGAUGUUCGGUCGGAGUUCGGUCGGAGGGGGGGCGCACACGGACGCAGAAGAAGCGACGGAUGAGCGGGUGCGUUCCCGGGCUGCGGCGGCCCCCCCGCAGUGAAUGGGACUGCGCCGCCGGUGGCUCGGUGUCUCCCGUCGGUGCCGCCGGGGGGGGAAGCAUGCGGCUCCCCCCGCUGCUGCUGGUGCUGCUGCUGCUCGGGCUCUGCGGGGGCACAAGUUUCCCAAGUAACAUCCACAUCGGAGGCCUCUUCCCCACCGGCUCCCACGAGUACGAGGUGUUCCGCUUCGCUCUGGCCCAGCAGCAGGACGUCCCCAAGCUGGUCCCCCAGGUGGACAUGGUGGACACGGGGAGCAGCUUCUCCAUGACCUACGCCUUCUGCUCCCAGUUCUCCAAGGGCGUGUACGCCAUCAUGGGUCUGUACGACCGGCGCACCGUCAACAUGCUGAUGUCCUUCUGCGGCUCUCUGCACGUGUGCUUCGUCACCUCCUCCUUCCCCGUGCUCACCAACAACCAGUUUGUGCUGCAGCUGCGGCCCCAGCUGCAGGAGCCCGUCAUGGCCCUGCUGGAGGCCUCCUUCUGGACCAGGUUCGUCUACAUGUACAGCGCCGACUCAGGCCUGUCGGUGCUGCAGAGGAUCCUGGACACGGCGGCGGAGCGCAGCUGGCAGGUGACCUCGGUCAACCUGGACGUGCUGACGGAGGCCGCCUUCGUCAAGCUGCUGAUCGACCUCGACUUCAAGAAGGACUUCCAGAUCGUGGUCGACUGCGAGCUGGAGCGACUCAACUCCAUCCUGCAUGUGAUUGCCGCUCAGAAGAGAAACCUGAAGAACUACCACUUCAUCCUGGCCAAUCUGGGCUUCAUGGACCUGAACAUGACAGAUUUAGAGAAGUUGGGUCCCAACGUGACGGGCUUCCAGCUGGUGAACUGGUCCGAUCCCGCUGUGCAGAAGAUGGACCGGGACUGGUUGGACUUUGACAAUAAAGACCUCAAACUGGCCCGCAGGAAGCUCAGGUACACCGGGGCGCUGACCUACGACGGCGUGGUCGUCAUGGCGACGGCCUUCCAGAACCUUCGGCGGCAGCGCAUCGAUAUCUCUCGCCGUGGCAACGCGGGGGAGUGUCUGGCCAACCCGCCGGCCCCCUGGGGACAAGGCAUCGACAUCCAGAGGGCCCUGCAGCAGGUGCGUCUGGAGGGGCUGACGGGAUGCGUUCAGUUUGACGAGCGAGGACACCGGACCAACUACACUCUGAGCGUGAUGGAGCUCAGCCACACGGGGCCCAGGAAGAUCGGCUACUGGAGCGAGAGGCGCGGCUACGUCAACACCGCCGUCUACAAGCCCGUGCAGGAGGAGUUCUACGGGCUGCAGAAUCGAACCUACGUGGUCACCACCAUACUGGAAGCCCCCUACAUGAUGCUGAAGAAGAACCACGAGCAGUACGAAGGCAACGACAGGUACGAGGGGUACUGCGCCGAGCUGGCGGCCGAGAUCGCCAAGCACGUGGGCUUCGUGUACCGGCUCGAGCUGGUGGGCGACGGAAAGUACGGCGCCCGGGACGCCGACACCAAGCUGUGGAACGGCAUGGUGGGAGAACUGGUGUACGGGAAGGCCGACGUGGCCGUGGCCCCCCUCACCAUCACGCUGGUCAGAGAGCAGGUGAUCGACUUCACCAAACCCUUCAUGUCUCUGGGGAUCUCCAUCAUGAUCAAGAAGCCCACCAAGUCCAAACCGGGCGUGUUCUCCUUCCUCGACCCGCUGGCCUACGAGAUCUGGAUGUGCAUCGUGUUCGCCUACAUCGGAGUCAGUGUGGUGCUGUUCCUGGUGAGUCGCUUCAGUCCGUACGAAUGGAAAGCAGACGACUCCGAUGACGAAGAUGAAACUCUGGCCUCCUCUUCCUCUCGUCGGGCUCUGCCCACCUCCUCCUCGGAGCUGGCUCGCUCUCCAGGUUUCCCCCAGAACCAGAACCAGAACCAGCAGAAAGAGAAGGAGGCUCCAGAACACACCAACGACUUUGGCAUCUUUAACUCUCUGUGGUUCUCGCUGGGGGCCUUCAUGCAGCAGGGCUGUGACAUCUCGCCCAGGUCUCUCUCGGGUCGAAUCGUGGGAGGAGUCUGGUGGUUCUUCACCCUCAUCAUCAUCUCCUCCUACACGGCCAAUCUGGCGGCCUUCCUCACCGUGGAGAGGAUGGUGUCCCCCAUCGAGGGCGCGGAGGACCUGGCCAAGCAGACCGAGAUCGCCUACGGUACUCUGGACGGAGGCUCCACCAAGGAGUUCUUCAAGCGCUCAAAGAUCGCGGUCUUUGAGAAGAUGUGGUCCUACAUGCGGAGCGCGGACCCCUCGGUGUUCGUCAAGAGCACCACCGAGGGCGUAAUCAGGGUCAGGAAGUCCAAGGGGAAGUACGCCUACCUGCUGGAGUCCUCCAUGAACGAGUACAUCGAGCAGAGGAAGCCCUGCGACACCAUGAAAGUAGGAGGCAACCUGGACUCCAAAGGUUACGGGGUGGCCACGCCCAAAGGGUCUGCCCUCAGUCGGCCCGUUUAUCUGUCUGGUGUCAUGUCUCCUCUGAUGCCUGUCUGACUGCCAUCUGCCUGUCUCACUACAAUCACCACGCUAGUGACCCACCCACCCAUCCAUUCAUUAAUUCAUUCAUCCAUCCAUCCAUCCAUCCACAUUGCUGGUUCAGAUAAAACCCUUGGUUUCGAUCAUUGUUCUUUGGAUCAGUCACUGAAAUAAACUAGACAGGUUUAUGUUUGCAGCACAGUGUUGUUGGAUUGAAUUAAGAAAGUAUACCUUGGUCUUAACACUCUGUAAGACGUUAUAAACACGCUUCUGCACUACACCGUACCAACAAAAACCACACACAGCGUACGGUCUGAGUUACACCUUGCAGGACUACACUCUGUACCCCAAGCUGUACAAGACUGCACUCUGUAAACUACACCGUACCAAAACACACUGAAAUAAAAGCUAGUCACGUUAAAACCUAGGUUUUUUUCAUUUUAUAUGACAGCAGCCUUUGAAAGUUUUAUUUCUUCUCUUCCUUUGUUUCUGUCAAAAACGUUUUUGUGUUUUUAUCAGACCAUUCUUUCUUUGUUCAGCAUUUUACACACAGCCCAGAGUUGGAGAAAGGAAAUCGUCUCCAAAGAUCAGAUAAGCGCACAGUUUGUUGAGUUAAAAAUGUAAAUCAACAGCGUCAAUCCCUGUCACACAGAAACAAAGACAACACCCACCAAAUUCUGCCUGGGUGGUGAAAUGAUUUGGGAUUUCUAAAAAGCUAAUUAAUAAGCAGCAGCUUCUAUCAACAGAUAAUACUAUUCGUAGAAGUAAGAAAAGAAGAAAACCGAGCCAUGGAAGAAACAAGACGGUCUCCCAGCAACAGCGUUGCGUUAAAGCUAAAAGCUGAGCGUGUUGGAUGAUCUCAGGUUCCAUCUUGGUUCUCUGGCUCUGGGUCGACCAGUAGUUCCCUCAGCCGUCACAGCCGCUUGGUCCCAUGGUUCCACCGGCUUCUGUCUGUGACUGCUGGCAUCGGAUCAUUUUGACAGUUAUUGUUCCAAAGUGAUAUUGCUACAAUUUUAUUUGUUCGACACUAUUCUCCAAAACUACAAUCGACAAUCUCCAUGUCCCACUUCAAUCAUCUAUCCAACUUUUGGUUCAUAAAGUUCAACAAAUCAUUGGACUGUUAUUUGAAAUUUGGUUAAACUGAAUGCGACCUGAUAACAGAGAAAACAAUUGUUUAAUUUGUUUGUUGAUUUCAACAAUGAUUCCAUUUUUUGACACAAUUUAACCAUGUGCCCCAAUUUUAUAAAUAGUAAGACAAUUAUCUUUUUGACUUUCUUGAACUUACAAAUUCAAAUUGACAGUGUAUUUGGACUCACAUAAAACAAGUUUAAUGUACUGUAUGACCAUCAGCUGGACCACUAAAGUGAAGUAAAGAUAGGUCAGUUUGGAACAAAGCUCUUCCUUUGCUCUCGCCUUCAUCACAUUGAUUAUUCAUUUUUAAUUGUUGCCAUCGUCCCGUCUGAAUAAAGCAGUUGUUCUCAAACUUUUUCUGUCACGAUCCACUUUGGAGAUAGAAAAAUGUUUGUGAUCCACUGUUCCAAACAGAAUUGUAGAUGAGCUUGAGAAACAAGAUACCCUGUUUGGCUCAUGAUUCAUGUCUCUUUCCAUCAUCAUAGAAAAGUCACUGCUACAUUCUGCCGCUCUAAGCAUUGAGCCUCGCUGCUACGUAAAGGGGAACAACAGGCAAAUUGUUAUUUUUUAAGUUAACAUCGUUCCUUUAUUAUAACAAUAUUUCAACCCUCCACCUUGUGUUUGUGUCCAAACAUUUGACAGUUGUUCCUCCUUUAUCUAUCAGGUGAAUGAAAAUGAAUGCGAGUGGAGCAUUGCACCGUGACGGGAUUCGUUUCCUGGUUUUCAACCCGGACCUUAUUAAAGUGUUGGUUCCUUCACUAGUGCACCUCACAGGUGCUUUGUGGUUGGGGAAGUAAACGUUCUGCUUGAGCUUCAGCAACGCUCCAGCUCCUCCUGGAGGAUCCCCAUUGGUCAUGGGCCAGUUGUCUCCUCCCAGUCUGUCCAAAGACAAACCCUCUGGGAUUCCUCAAUUUGGCCUUCAAUUCCCUUCCUUUAAUGGUGACGUCUUCUUUGGGCGCUCAUAUCAACCAUCCCAUCUCCACCAAGAUCACAUAGUAGAUAGAAAGCUUUACAUUAUAACUCAGCGUCCAAAGCCUGCGUUACUGCAGCCAGGGGCAUCACUCGUGAUUCAUUCUAAUCCAUUAUUAAGACCAUGGCUCUUAAUCCACAUGUAUGGGGAAUAAUGAGCAAUAUUCAGCUGAGCUCAGCCCUUACUGAACUACUGGAGUAGCCUUAGGGCCACAGCACUUUAGAUGAAUUCGACAACCACAACCAUUGCUGAAGUCCCGAAGAGUGAGUCAAACUACCAAGACUCUCAAGUCUAUCAAGUUCUUUGUAAGACCAUUAUGGCAGAAUCCCUCCUGA